GACCCCCCCAGCUCUCUGGGCAGCCUCUGCCAGUGCCUGACCAGCAGAUCCGAGGCUGGCUGUGCAGCUCUUGGUUUUGCCUGCUCGGCUCUGCUAGGGAGUCAGCAAACAGAGGGAGGUGCUGAACCCCCACUUUCCUCCUCCUUAGCAUGGAUGUGCAUCAGAUGGAUGCAUCUCGACGUAAGUGCACAUCCCCAUUGAGGUCUCCGAGCUAAAACACAUCCUCAGCCUGACCAAUCCUAAACGCUGGGCCUGAAAGCUCUUUGGAACACAGCUCCAAAUGAAUGCACGUGUCCUCCAGUGGGUUGUUUGGCCUCCCUCUCUACUGAGUGGGCAGCAAAAUGUAUUUGCAAUGAGCAACCAUCUGCCUACACCCCGUCUCUAGCUCGACCUUUCCUGCCUCCCAGCUUUACAGUGCUCACAGCCAAGCUUGCUGAUGGCACGCUCCCAGCCCUUAAAUUCCAAUUUCGUGCCCAAAGCCAGCUUUCCCAGCCCGGUGCAUCACACGCAGGGCUGCCGUGGGGCUGCAUCCCCUGGUCCUGUCCUCACACCCUGCUUAGGACCAUCCCAGUACACACGGGGAUGAGAACACAGCGGUUUCAGGGUUAAAGCAAAGCGAGCAGGAAGCGAAGGGCCCGCUGGGAUUACAUAUGGAAGGAAGCACGCACGCACAUAGCCCGAAGCAAAGAGAGUGCGCAGUUGCACCGGGAACCCAUUGCCAGCAUGGGAGUUACGUAGCAAUUUAUAUCCUAAAGGCCUUUUGGGAGCAAGCCUUCUGUUGGAGGGAAGUGCUGCCCCAAAGCCACAGUUUGAGCAAAGGGCUCAGAACUGCUCUUGACGCACUUGAAGGUGCACGUAACAUCGGGCGGGCAUUUAAAAUUGGACGCCCUCCAGCCCAGCCCUACGAGGGGACGCCCCGUGCCAGCGUGGCAUCCCGCAUCGCUCCGCGGGGCUCUCGGGGACCGGCCAGGACCAGGACUUUGGAGCAAAUGCCAUUAUUUCUGCGCCGGCAGGAGGAGCGAGGUGCACGUGCAGAAAUGCCUGAACAAACUGCAUUUCCAGCUGGCGGCUUCCCUGGGCGUUGUGCAUCCAGGCAGGUGAAGUGGUGCUGAUCUGGACCAGCUGAGAAACCAGAAGAGCUCCUUCAAGCUGCCAGCAGCAGCUGCUUUCCUCUGCCAGGUUUUGGAUUGCUCCACCUUCCAACCCUUCUGUCUCAUCACUUCCCAGCUAAUCGAAUGACAGGACCUGCUGGAGGCAAGUUCAUGAACUGCAGGAUGCGUAAUGGAUCGCCCUCAGGCUCUGCUGCUGACUCACCCCGUACAUUUGCGUCGAGAAAUUCACUGCUUCCUUGGGCUUCUGUGAUUGUUUGAGCAUUGAAGGUGCAGGGCUCUCCCAGGACCUGAUGGCUUUCUGAUACCUCACUCCUGAGGGGCUGGCAGGAGCAUGGUUAAACACCAACCGCUGCAGUACUACGAGCCACAGCUAUGCUUAUCGUGCCUGACUGGGAUCUACGGCUGCCGCUGGAAACGGUACCAGCGGUCACAUGAUGACACCACCAAGUGGGAGCGCCUCUGGUUCCUGAUCCUCACCUCAUCCUUCUUCCUGACUCUGGUCUGGUUUUACUUCUGGUGGGAAGUUCACAAUGACUACAAUGAAAUCAACUGGUUUUUAUAUAACCGAAUGGGAUAUUGGAGUGACUGGUCCAUUCCAAUACUUGUAACAACUGCUGCUGGCUUUACGUACAUUACAGUGUUAUUGAUACUAGCACUAUGUCACAUAGCUGUGGGACAGCAAAUGAACCUACACUGGCUUCACAAGAUUGGCCUGAUGACGACCUUGAUAACCACCGUGGUGACAAUGUCAUCGAUAGCACAGCUCUGGGACGACGAAUGGGAGAUGGUAUUUAUUUCACUGCAAGCCACAGCCCCUUUCCUGCACAUAGGAGCGCUUGCAGCGGUCACAGCCCUGUCGUGGUUGAUAGCUGGGCAGUUUGCACGAAUGGAGAAAGCCACUUCUCAGAUGCUGAUGAUCACUGCAUACCUCGCGGUCGUAGUUGCACUUUACCUCGUCCCCCUCACCAUCUCGUCCCCUUGCAUAAUGGAGAAGAAGGCUCUGGGACCAAAGCCGGCCAUCAUAGGUCACCGUGGGGCACCGAUGUUGGCACCAGAAAAUACCCUGAUGUCCUUCCAGAAGGCAGUAGAGCAGAAGAUAUAUGGAGUCCAGGCUGAUGUCGUACUAAGCUAUGAUGGAGUGCCAUUUCUGAUGCAUGACAAGACACUCAGGAGAACAACGAAUGUGGAAGAAGUGUUUCCAGGGCGGGCCUACGAACACUCUUCCAUGUUCAACUGGACUGACCUGGAAAUGCUCAGUGCUGGAGAGUGGUUCCUACGGAACGACCCUUUCUGGACAGCUGGAUCCCUCUCAAGGUCUGACUACUUAGAAGCCGCAAACCAGUCUGUCUGCAAGCUAGCAGACAUGCUGGAGGUGAUCAAGGAUAACACAUCACUCAUCCUGAACUUCCAGGACCUGCCACCAGAUCAUCCCUAUUACGCAUCUUACAUCAACAUCACCCUGAAAACCAUCCUGGCAUCGGGAAUUCGGCAAGAGGCUGUGAUGUGGCUGCCGGACACGGAGCGGCAGCUGGUCAGGCAGAUUGCUCCAGCUUUCCAGCAGACUUCUGGCCUCAAGCUGGAUGCCGAGCACUUGAGAGAGAAAGGCAUCGUGAAGCUCAACCUGCGUUACACCACGGUCACGAGUGAGGAUGUCAGAGACUACAUGGCUGCAAACCUGAGCGUGAAUCUCUACACUGUGAAUGAGCCCUGGCUGUACUCCAUCCUGUGGUGCACUGGUGUCCCGUCGGUCACCUCCGACAGCUCCCACGUCCUUCGCAAGGUGCCUUUUCCCAUCUGGUUGAUGCCUCCAGACGAGUACCGCCUAAUCUGGAUCACGUCUGAUCUCAUUUCAUUUAUCAUAAUUGUAGGAGUUUUUAUAUUCCAGAAGUGGCGCUUAGGAAGCAUCAGGACCUACAACCCAGAGCAGAUCAUGCUCAGUGCUGCCGUCCGCCGGUCCAGUCGGGAUGUCAAGAUCAUGAAGGAGAAGCUGAUCUUCUCGGAGAUCAACAACGGCGUGGAGACCACAGACGAGCUGUCCCUCUGCUCUGAAAAUGGCUAUGCCAACGAGAUGGUCACCCCCACGGAUCAUCGGGACACCAGGCUGCGGAUGAACUGAGGGGCUCCAGCCCAACCCCGCGUGUGGCCAACCCCGCGUUCGCUCUGGCAACGAGAGCUGCGCUCUCCUGCUUGCCAUGGGAUGGGAAACUUUGAGGAACUGCUGGUCGGGCAGAGACCCUUUCCCAUUCCACCGUCAGUGGCUGCUCCACCUCCCUGGUUGUGAGAUUGAGGGGCUUUUUUUGUAAAUAUGUAGAAAAUCUGAAUUUUUUUUGUCUUUUUUUUUUUCUUGAGUGUAAUUUUUCCAGGGCAUGAGUGGAAAUACUGUGUUCAUUAAACCCUCUACGUUAUGGCUGAAGUUAUUUGAACCUUGACGUGACAGCCUGAGUCCCCCUGGAGGGAGUUUGGGACAGUUCCCCCCAACCCUGCUCCAUUCCUUCCCUUGAUGCAUCGACUGUGUAGCUGAAUUGGUUAAACUGUAUGUUGUGAAGUUCUUGUGAAGUGUCAUUUUUGUUCUGUUUUCCUUAUUUUUGUUCCCCCUGCCCUCCCUUCCUGGUCAAUGUUAGCUGUAAUUGAACAGGAGGCUGCUUGGAAGAGAGAAGCUUUCCUUGGAGAGGAGAUGGCACUGCUCCUCCGUGUUGGAGUUCAGAGCUGGGGGAGGAGUUGCACUGGCUCAGACUCUUGGGCACAUUCUCUCUGUCCCAGCCCCCUUCCCCAAAACCUGGAUGUCGACAGAAAAAUGGCCUUUCUUGAAAUGUCUGUAGGCAAAUCCUGGGCGGUAGCUGCAGAUUGGCCUCUGCUGGCAGCAGUGCUUUGAUUUUGUUGUUGUUCUUCUAUCUUCUCCACAAGUUGGGCUCCAGUGGGCGCCCGGGUGGCUUGCAAUAAGCAAUGCCAUGGGCACUGUCACCGCUCCCAUCUGGCUGAAGUGCCUGCCACGCCAAGUGGCAUCUGCAAUUGCUCCUUACUUCACUGCAUCCAUGCAGGAGGAGGAGCAGCAGCAGCGUGAGCCCCUCUGUGCCCAACAGAUGCCCCCAGGUGAAGGAGAUGUAAAUAGCUUGGAAGCUGAAGUAGCCCAGGACAGUAAUUUAUUCCUGCAGGGAGACGUUGCCUCCUUGCUUUAAAACCAGCGUCUUUAAAGCUGCAUGGUGGCAUCCUCCAAAGGAGCAACGGUCUUGCAGCAGAUGUGCACUCCCAGUGCAAAGGGCUCGAAACCAAAAUCCUAGAGCAGAGGUUUAAAACCAUAUGAAAUAAAGCUUAGAAACCACGUCGACGGCAGUUGUGUUUUAUCCCUGUGCUGAUGCAGCCCAGGGGUGGGCUGCUCAACUCCCUGCUCUCAGUCUCCAAGGUCUCGCUGGGAGGAGCCUGUUUUUGGGUCACCGUGCUGUCUGCAUGGAGCUGGUUCCCAAGGCAGCUGAAUCCAGCUGGAAGGCUGUCAGUGAUGUGAAUGGCUCUUGGCUCAGUCCCCGUGGCCUUCUGGUGUUGGGUCACUCCUUUCCUCACCGGAUCUUGGUUGGUACAAUGUACAAAGUGGGAAAUCCCAUUGAGCACGAGCUUCCUUUGAAGCUUGGUGUGCUUUGCCUUGGAGAUGCCGGGGCCAUGGGAGCUGUUGCCCGUGGAGGGAAUGGGAGCUGAAGCUCAGGCUUUGGGCUGAGCCUGUUUGCUGAGCCCUGGGAGAAGCUGCCUUGCAGAAAAGAAGGGAGGUUUGGGCGAUGCUGAUGUGCCUCCUGCUGGACUCCUAAAGCAAACCUGGAAAAGCCAGAAGCGAGCCACAGCGAUCAGCCUCGAGCAGGUCGCCCUUGUCGUGGCAGCACUGAAGUUUUGAAUUUUGAAUGUACUGAAGUAGCGUUUUGAAACCUCAAACUCUUGGGUUCGGUGCGUAAGAAUUAAGAGUGCAAAAGUGGUCACUGCAGCUGUGUAAAGGAAAAGAAGGCAUGCCAAAGUGACGUAAGGAAAAUACCUCUAUUAAUAAUGCAAGUAAACAAAUCUGAAUUGUGAUGCUUUAGUACGCACCUUCUAAGCAGCGCAAAUUGAGACUUUAAUUUGCCUGCAUCUACCCUGGGUUUUCAUGAAUGUAGAUGGAACAAGUCCCUAGCCCAUGCUCCCUCUUAUCCUCCUCAAAUACUGAUCUCCUAUAUGGUACUCUCUGGAGUCUGUGAAACACGGUGGGUGGUUAUUUUUUUUCUGCAGAAUCACAAGGUUUUGGUGGAUUUGAAGGCUUUUGAGAACAAAGUUGCUUCUCCCCUUAAUGAGGUGCUGCAUUGAAACAUUCCUGGCGGAUUGUCAUUGCCAAGCGAGAGCUGUUGUUAAAUCUUGGCAUCUGUUGAUAAUCACCUGCAUGUUCUGUCUUUAUCCUCAGAGAUGACGUUAUUGAAAGGUGAAGUGCUCAAAAGCUUGGAAGUGUUAAAAGCAAUCCAACCAAGAGUCGUUGUUUUCACAAUUCAUUUUUUUUAUGAUGAGACCCAAACUUUAUGCGUAACGCACCGACUGUUACCGUUAUCGUCCUGAAGAUUUGCUACUUUUUUUUUUUUAAAGAAUAUACUUUUUUGAUGAAAAUAGAGCUAGACCAAAAUGAACUCUGCGAUGCUCUGUGAAAUAAACUGUCAGUAUUCCCCUGCCA